AUGCCCGAGACUCCCCUCAGCGAGGACGCGUCCUCGUCGUCCGCGACGGCGUCUGGCACCUCCACUCCCAUUGGCAUUGAAUUCAGCGCGCCGGCCGGUCUCCGCCAGCGCUUCAAGACGUUUGCAGAUGAUGUUUCCAGGGGCGUCGAGGACCUCGCAAUGAAGAUUGUUCCCAACGAGAAUGGCAUGUUCAAGGUUAUUGCCCCGGGCACGCCUUACGAUGAGCUCGAGCUCAGCCCUAAGGAGACCCACAAGCGUCGCCACUCGAAGCGUGGGGGAUGGAAGAAGUGGCUCGCGGGCAGGCGACUGCUCAUCCCGGCCGCGUUCGUGUUUGGUGCUGCGGCUGUGUGGACUGCCACCACCCCAGACCUGUUCCAGGGCGAGCUGGCCGACCUGUGGCCCAUGAUCCAGACCGACAUGCGCGACUUUAUCGGCAACAUGACGCUCGUUGAAGCUGCCCGCAAGACCAUGUUCGAGACGCGCGACUUCACCAUUGGCGAUGACCUGGCCCAGGAGUUUGGCCUCAAGGCUGACCACCCUAUUAUCCUCAUACCCGGCAUCGUCUCCACCGGUCUCGAGAGCUGGAGUACUGCGGCGGCGGCGCGAAAUCUGUUCCGAAGCCGCCUGUGGGGCACAUCGACAAUGAUCCGCAGUGUUCUCACUGACAAGAGUCGCUGGGUGGAGGCGAUUGCCAUUGACCUCGAGACUGGUCUGGAUCCCCCUGGCCACAAGGUGCGCGCCGCACAGGGUCUCGACGCGGCGUCCGAGUUUAUCCAAGGCUUCUGGAUUUGGCAAAAGGUCGUCCAGAACCUGGCUACGAUCGGAUACGACACCAACACGAUGGACAUGGCGGCAUACGACUGGCGUCUGGCAUACUACAACCUCGAAGUCCGCGACAACUACCUGUCACGACUCAAGAUGCGUAUUGAGCUCAUGCACAAAAAGACGGGUAAAAAAGUCGUUUUGGCCUCGCACUCGAUGGGCGGCUCGCUGGCCCUCUUCUUCCUCAAGUGGGUCGAGGCCGAGCCAGACGCGUACGGCUUCGGCGGCGGGGGUGGUUCUGACUGGGUGGAGAAGCACAUUGAGGCCUGGGCCAAUGUCGCUGGUACCAUGCUCGGCGUACCCAAGGCCAUGACGGCGUUCAUGUCAGGCGAGAUGAGGGACACGGUCGAACUCCACCCUCUUGGCUCUUACGUUUUGGAAAAGUUCUUUUCGCGCAAGGAACGCGCCAAGCUCUUCCGCUCCUGGCCCGGCGCCUCGUCCAUGUGGAUGAAGGGCGGUGACCGUAUCUGGGGUAACCAAACAUCUGCGCCCGAUGACGAGCCCGACUCUACCGACUCGUUUGGACGCCUGUUCUCGUUCCGCCCUCAGGACAUUGACCCCGAGCCGAGCGAGCCUCAGCACAACCUCACGCUGGAAGAGGUCGUUCCGUACCUCCUCACCAACACUGCUCCGGAAUACCAGCGUAUGAUGGAGUCCAACUACUCUAUCGGCUUUGAGAACAAUCCGAAGAAGCUCAAGGCAAACGCACGUGACCACCGCAAAUGGAGCAACCCGCUCGAGGUCCAGCUGCCGAACGCGCCAUCGAUGAAGAUCUACUGCCUCUACGGGUACGGCAAGGAAACCGAGCGCUCGUACUUUUAUGCCAAGGGCGAGUACGACCAGGAGGAGGGCCGUCCCGAGGGCGAGGACGAGGACGCUUUCUGUAAAGCGGAUUCCAAUGACUGCGAGCGUGUUCCUCUCGAUUUCCCACUUGGACGCGAGCACUGGAUCAACAACGAGGUGACUCUCAAGGACACUGUCCCGAAUGUGCGUUCAGGCGUCAAGUUUGGUGACGGCGACGGUACCAUUGUCACUGCGUCGCUCGGCGCCAUGUGCGUUAAGGGCUGGAAGGGCAAGACCAAGUGGAACCCGGCCGGAAUCGAGGUCGUCACACAAGAGUACAAACACCAGCCCGAGAACUUUGACCUGCGCGGCGGCGCGCUGACCGCCGACCAUGUGGACAUUCUCGGCUCGUCGCCUCUCAACGCCGCCUUGCUCAAGAUUGCGGCUGGUCGCGGAGACCUGGUCGAGGAGCAGCUUGGGUCCAAGGUCGUCGAGUACGCCGAGCGGAUGCGCUGGGACUGA